UUGAGGCUCGUUUAGAAUACAUGACGCAAAUGCAGUUUGCAUACGUCGCAGCAGUUAAAAAAUGCACGGUGACAGAAAGAAAUCCAACUUUUAAAACGAAAGGCGAAAGGAAGGAAAAUUUGAGAGGAAAGGAGGAAGCAACGGAGAAAGGCCUGGAACACGGAGGAAUCGAAGGCGUUUUGGUAGGAUCGGUCACGAUGCCCUUCACCGAUGGCGGCGGAAAUGUUAUGAUGGAUGAGGGGGGAAAUGUUAUGAUCCAUAACGAAGACGGGGGAGCAAAAGGAUUAAAUCCAGGAUUGAUCGUCCUGCUCGUAAUCGGGGGACUUGUGCUGCUUUUCCUUCUUGGUAACUAUGCUCUCUACAUGUAUGCACAGAAGACCCUUCCACCAAAGAAGAAGAAACAUGUUUCCAAAAAGAAGAUGAGGAGGGAGAGGCUCAAGCAGGGUAUUUCCGCUUCAGGAGAAUAAGAUUUCAUUGCCAUUAGUUCUAUUGGUUCAUUCUCUGUUAAAGCCAAGUACUUUUAGAUUUUACUUUUUCCAUUUUGGAACUGAGGCUAAUCAGAAAAUGUUUAGUAUGAGAUCUAAUUUACUGAAAAUUGUAAGGUGGGCUUAAGUUAUUGGACAAUGCAAUCGACCGCUGGCUGGAUUCCAUUAGCACAUAACAUUCUUAAUUCUAGCAAUCAUCGAUCUUUUUACUUA